AUGACACUAGAAGAUUGCUUGAAGGAUUCUCUCCCACUUGGUGAAGAGUUCGAAAUUUUCAAUCUUCAAUCCCCUCCAAGAGAGACUUCGCCCAUUGUAUUCCCUGAAGCUGGAGGAAACAUUAACAAAAAGAAUGAGAAUAUCAAGACAGUAAAGACUCAGCAUUUCGUGGCACUAUGUCAUUCGCAAAAGGUUGUGUUUGCAGUGGAGAUUGUAGUCUAUUUCACAAUUUAUCUUAAUUCGUCGGCGCCUACUGAAAGACUUUUGUUCGUCUCGAAAGCUGACACGAACGGUUAUUGUUCAGUAAAACUGAAUGUCGGGCGAAUCGUGAGGUCAAUAAUUGCAUUCAUCUUGGCCAUUGAUCCAAAUCAUUACUUGCAAAAAGUCAAACCGGGUGUUCGGAAGUUAUUGGCUAGUGAUCAUAUCAUAAGAAGGACUACACCGGUGAGGAAGGCAUUGAAGAUCUUGUCCGAAAGAAAACUCGAUAGAUACGGGAUCAACAGCAAAGUACACAUCCCUGAACACGAAUUGUACGUCAAAUAUCCAGCUGCUACUGAGCUUAUUACACAAAUAAGUCUAUUCACUAGAGCAGAACCUCAAUAUCUGUUUUCCGACUCUUCCAAAAAUCCUAAUAAGCACAUUUUGAGCGGUGAUAAACUACUGCUGUGGUGGUUAAGGAUUAUCGAUCAAGUGAUAGUGGAAUCCUUCGACGACACCACAAAAGCCACUUUACAAAUACCAGGUGAGGAAAAGAGAAUAAUUGCAAAUUAUCUGAGGCGUACUAAGUACAAAAAUUGGACUGUGGGAGAUAUAUUCUCAAAAGAUCCUCAGGACAUUGCACUUUACAGAAUCCCACUAUUUCCAGAUGACCCUAAGGGCAGGUUCCUUGAGCAUUUAGCAAGCGAUGGAAGAAUUCACAAGGUGACUGUCUCGACCUUCUGGACUGAAUUACAAGCAAGACAAGAGUUCCGCCUCGGAUCCACCGUUUCUGUCAUCGGAGUAUCAGGAAGAUAUACCGGAAUAACCAAUGUACUCCAGCCACAGGAUAUAGUGGUAACAAUGUCAAAGAAUGAGUUCAAAAACCUGAAAAACUACAUUACCGGAGAGGAAUAUGACACCAGUGAAGGUGCGGAGGAGGCAUAUAUGAACAUUAGAGAUAUUUUGAAAAAUAAUUACGCAUCACAGAUGGUGAAAAUCACUGGUAAUUUCAAGAGCCAAGUUAACGCGCCACAACAAAACACGAACACUAUAAACGUGAUCAACACCUUGAGCAUUCAUAGAAAACCUAGAGCCUAA